AUGAAGGCGACCGCUCAACUUGUCCUCGACGAACUGCGGGAGAACAUGAAUAAUACAGAUUUGCUCGAAGCAGUAUCAUCACUUCCGCCUGAUGCCAUAAUCCGGCUUAGCAUAAACAGCACUGACCCUUAUAUGCUUCUUCGCUGCCGGAAAGGAUACGCACCUGUGUCUACGACUACGUGUGCCUACUCGCUUGGUGAAGAAGUUCCCAUUCAAGCUUCCUGCCUGGGCGGGGGGACCUACGACCCCGACAUGGGGCACUGUUUCACUGUCUCCGAGGUUGAACCGAUAUCAGCCUGCCCAAUCGGUUACCGGAUCGCACGCACUCCACUCGACUCUCAUUACGGGCCAUGUAGGCCUGUGGAACGGCUUCCUGCCGUACCCAGCUGUGAUCUGCCUUACGUGUUAGAUCCAGCUAUGUCCCGCUGUUUGUACAACACUACGCACCCUGGAUACAUCGGCUGUCCUCCCGGAGCCAAGCCACUCAACAAUACUACGUGUGCCGUCGCGACUCAAGUGUAUCGGAUUCCGCAGUGCCCUCGCGGUUACACUGGGCGUCUUCUAAAAGAUGGUAGUGGUGAGUGCAAGAAGACAAUCAAGUUUCGCGGUGACUACCUUGCAGCACCGCGGUGCAAAGCAGGAGCGAAGGAGCUGAUUGAGUACGACCUCUACGACGAUGAUAACCACCCUCUGGUGACCUGCGUCGCAACAGAAGUCAUUAAAACAUUCGCUCCGUGUCCCCCCGAAACGGUUCCCUACGACGACUAUAUCAAACACGGCAACGAUCCACCUAUUUUAUUCGACAGGUUGCUUGGUCAUCCAGCCAAAACCUGUGUGCAGGUGGUUGAGGGCCUAGUAAGGCCAUCUUGCUACGAUAUGAUUAAGCAGGUCCCCUUCAUCUUACUAGCACGAGGAGAGACGGAACCGCUUGACUACACUCUCAUGGUGCCACACUCCUUGGUGGAGGAAGUUAUCAAACCAGACUGGGCCAACUUUUCCAGGCGCACCGGGGAAACAGGCAAUACAUAUUACACCAAAGGAGACUUUGAGCUUUCAAUCCACUGUCUCUCAUUCCACUACGCGCAACCGGUUCUACGGUGUCCUGAAGGGACAGUCCAGAAUGCAUUAAACCUUCAGGAGUGUAAACGAAAAGCAUUUGUCGACUUCGUUCUGACUUGUCCACCGGGAUAUGCUCUCAAUGAGAUCGGCCUCGUCUUCGGUUUAUACAAUGCUCCCAAUCCCAAAUGUAUUGGCAAGCUCCGCGCUGCCACCCAGUUCUACUGCCCCAAGGUCAGUCAACCAUAG